AUGACAGUGGAUCAAAAUCCCCAGCCGAGAUUUUCUUAUGCAGAACUAUCAGAGCCGGUAGAUGUUUCCGGAGGUUCGAGGUGUCGAGAAAAUAAUCCCCCUCCAAAUUCUCCACCUCUGCUCAACAAUCAACUCGUUCAGCAGCAGCCUGUACUGCUCAAUGCCCAGCAACUCGCAGCAAGGCACGUAGUAUCCCGGGAUUUACCCAGAUUUUCGGGUGAUCCAUUAGAAUGGCCGGUGUUCCUUAGCACUUUCGAAUCGACCACGGCCAUGUGCGGAAUUCAACCAGACGAGAACCUGGUUCGCCUUCAAAAGUGCCUGGUAGGAAGUGCGAGAGAAAAAGUUCUGAACCUGCUCACAAUUCCAUCAGCGGUUCCAGAAAUUAUUGCUACCCUCAGGGAAGAGUGUGGCCGACCCGAUCAAUUGAUACAUUGUAUGCUGUCUAAAAUUCGCCGUGGCAGUCUGCCAAAUGCAAACAAAUUGGAAACUCUCGUUAGUUUCGGACGUGAAGUGAGGAAUUUGGUGACGUACAUUGAAGCCGCUCGUUUACAGUCCCACCUGACUAAUCCGGAGCUCCUUUCCGAACUGGUGUUUAAAUUGCCUCCAAGUUUACGCCUUGAGUGGGGAAAACUCCUAGAAAACGUUCCGGAGCCGUCGCUAAGGGAUUUCUGCAAUUAUGUGUCAUCGCUCAGAACCGCUGCAUGCAAAGUCACUCCACCAGCUGACCUCGCAAUGGAUGGUCAAAUUCGAAGAGGAACCCGCAAAGAAAAAGAAACAGGCUUUCUCAAUACUCAUCAGGAGGUUUUCUCGAAAACGGAGAACACUUUGCCGAAGCAGAAAGGAGAUCCCAGACCCUGUUUAGCGUGCGAUAGGAAGGGCCACAGGGUCCGCGACUGCGAGAGAUUCAAGAAAUCUUCGUUGGACGAUCGUCUGAAAGUAGUGCAGGAGAAACAACUGUGUCGACGAUGCUUGGCACCACACGGCAAGUGGCCGUGUCGAACGAGACAACCCUGCGGUGUGGACGGUUGUCAGGAAAUGCACCAUAUGUUGCUCCAUUGUAAGCCAUCGCCACCCACCUCGUAUGGUGCAUCCGGAAUUGUAACAACACAUCGACACAAACAAAAUUCCACGCUUUUCAAAAUCAUACCGGUUAUGCUACAUGGGAACGGCAAGUCUUUAUUGGUCCACGCAUUUCUCGAUGAUGGGUCCGACUUGACUCUCAUCGAAAGCAAAGUCGCCGAUGAACUGGGCCUAGACGGAGUAGAAAGACCUCUAUGCAUAGAGUGGACAGGUAGCGUAUCACGGAAUGAAGAUUCUUCUCGUGUCGUGCAGCUGACGAUAUCCAAGCCGAAAAGUGAAGAAAGACAUGCCCUGACGAAUGUGCGCACCGUUCCAGAUUUGGGAUUACCGAAGCAGUCGUUGAACUACGACCAAUUGGCAAAAGAUUUCCCCCAUCUUCGUGGUUUACCGAUUUGCAGCUAUACCGAUGUUACUCCCAAAAUAUUGAUUGGAGUCGACCAUGCAAGACUGAAGUUAACGCUGAAAAGAAGAGAGAGAAGUGCUGAUGAACCCGUGGCAACCAAGACGAGAUUAGGCUGGGUUAUUUUCGGUGGACAGAGUGCUACGAAUAAUCUCGCCCGAACCAUGGUCCACACCUGCAAGUGCAGCAAAGACGACGAAUUACACGAUCUUGUCAGAGAGUAUCUAGCAGCCGAAAGUAUGGGCAUUGCCGAACAUGCUCCGCCAGAAACCAGCGAAGAUCAACGUGCCCGAAGAGUCUUGCAAGAAACUACAAAGCGCACUCCGUCCGGGAAAUACGAAACUGGUCUCCUCUGGAAAUUCGACGAUGUGAGUUUCCCACUCAGUUACUCGAUGGCCGAACGUCGCUUACAAUGCCUGGAGAGACGUCUUUCAAGAGAUCCAGCAUUGAAGGAAAACGUGAAUCAACAGAUCGAAGAAUACCAGAAACUUGGCUACGCACAUAAGGCAACCGAAAAUGAACUCCGAGAACGGGAUCCGAACAAGGUGUGGUAUUUGCCCAUUGGUGUCGUCCAGAACCCCAGAAAGCCUGGCAAAGUCAGGGUCGUCUGGGACGCCGCUGCGUCAGUGAAUGGAACAUCACUCAAUUCAAUGCUCCUCAAGGGGCCUGACCUCCUGACGCCCUUGCUGAAUGUUCUUUGCCGAUUUCGUGAGAGGCAGUACGCAAUUGCAGGUGACAUCCGCCAGAUGUUUCACCAGAUUUUGAUUCGUGGUGAAGACAAGCAAUUCCAGCGUUUUUUGUGGCGUACCGAUCCGAAAGCACCUCCUGAUGUCUACAUUAUGGAUGUGGCCACGUUUGGAGCGACGUGUUCUCCCUGUUCCGCUCAAUAUGCGAAGAAUCUGAACGCCUCCGAACAUCGUGACCGUUAUCCAGAAGCAGCAGCCGCCAUCGUAGAAGGCACGUAUGUCGACGACUUUCUCGAUAGCAGAGAUUCAGCGAGAGAAGCUGUCGAAAUUGCGCAAGGAGUGGUCACAAUAAACGGUGCAGCUGGCUUCCAAAUCCCGACGUGGCAAUCGAAUUCCAUCGAAGUUCUUCGAGAGAUCAGCAACGAAAGCGAAAACUCCACGAAACGUUUUUCUGUGGAUAGAAUGACAGCAACGGAUCGAGUUCUUGGGAUGGUUUGGCGGCCAAGCCCAGACGUCUUCGUAUUUGAAAAUGUAUUUCGUGAUGAUCUUCAGACACUGCUAACCGGACACAUCAUUCCCACCAAACGUCAAGUUCUUCAGGUGGUAAUGAGCCUUUUCGACCCCCUGGGAAUAAUCGCAGCCUUCACCAUCCACGGAAAAAUCCUCAUGCAGGAUAUAUGGAGGUCAGGUGUGAAUUGGGACGAGUUAAUCCGGUUGACGGAUUUCGAAAACUGGAAGCGCUGGAUAGGAGUGCUUCCCGACUUAGCGAAGGUGACGAUUCCAAGAUGUUAUUUCCCGAACUACGAUCCUAUUAGAGCAAACGCACCAAUAAAUGCAAGCGAGACAGCUUACGCUUGUGUGGCAUUUUUUAGAAUCGUCGAUCGAGGAUCACCGAGAUGCUGUCUAGUAGCUUCGAAGGCGAAAGUUACCUCACUUCGACCACAGUCGAUUCCUCGGAACGAGUUGAAUGGUGCAGUCAUUGGAGCGCGACUAAUGGAGUCCAUUGUAGACAGUCACCGGUUGAAGAUAUGCAAGCGAUAUUUUUGGACCGAUUCAUCCGUAGUGAUUUCGUGGCUUCAUGCCGACCCACGAAAGUACCGGCAGUAUGUAGGAUUCAGAGUUGGUGAAAUCUUAUCGAAAACUCAAGUCGACGAGUGGCGCUGGAUAGCGUCAAAGCUGAACGUUGCGGAUGCUGCGACAAAGUGGGGCAGUGGUCCCAAUCUCGAUCCGGACAACCAGUGGUUCAAAGGGCCCGAAUUUUUAUACCUACCAGAAUCCGAAUGGCCGUCACUACGCGCCAUCCAUUUAGAAGUCGCUCACUCAUUGACAACCGAAUCGUGCAUCCGAGCCAUUCGUCGCUUCGUCGCCAAGAGAGGACCGCCACAGCAUAUCUUUAGCGACAAUGGCACGAAUUUUCGAGGUGCUGCCAACGAGCUCGCAACGCAGAUGAAAGCCAUCAAUAAGGAGGCCGCCAGAACGUUCACCAACGCAGAAACCGAGUGGCACUUCAACCCGCCUUCCACCCCCCACAUGGGUGGGGUGUGGGAAAGAAAAGUCCGUUCAGUGAAGGAUGCCUUUAAGGUAGUUGCACCACGGAAUCGAUUAGACGACGAAGAACUCUUAACGUUUCUGGCUGAGGUCGAGAUCAUCGUCAAUUCGCAUCCUCUUACAUUUGUGCCACUGGACUCUCCGAAUGAUCCUGUACUUACUCCUAAUUGUUUCCUGCUUAUGACAUCGAGUGGUUCCUGUGCACCGAAGGUGGAAAUUGGUUCGACGAGUAACCUGAAAGCUAAUUGGAGAACGAUGGAAGAAAUUUUGAAUCAAUUUUGGAAGCGCUGGAUCGAGGGCUAUCUACCAACAAUAGCAAGGCGGACCAAAUGGUACCAUGAUGUUCGACCGUUGCAGGAAGGAGACCUUGUUGUAAUCGUGGACGAGACCGAUCUGAUGGACAAGUUAGGAGAGUAG